CCAACAGCAGCAGCACCAACUGCAGGAGCUCCCCGUGCCGGCCGAGCAGUACAAAGAGUUGCAACAGCAAGGAGCGCAAACAGAGACUCCUCCCGGCGCGGAUCCCCCCUCCGUCUUUGGAAUACCCUCUGCCGGCGACCUCUCUCCGGUUUUGUAGACACUUUUUGAUCCUAAGACGGUUGCCGCUAUGGGGUAGUGCGGACGUUUCCUUUCUUUAGUCCCCGCGUUGCUGUAGGUCUCAAAGCCGACAAAACGCGGUGCUAUCGCUCUUAGUACAGCAUGGCGUUGCUGUGCGCCUCAUCUGUGGGGGGGAAAGCAAUCAAGACGAACAGGCGGGGGCACACAGUAUUGGCGGCGCACCUACUAGAGCUGGUUGUUUCCAGCAUGUGCUGGCUCGUCCGCGCCGACCGCGCCGUGAACGUGUUUGAUACUUUCGAGCCCCAGCGAAAGGCCGGAGACCGAUGGUUUCACAACUUUUUUUUGUUCGCGUGUACAAGUUCGUCUGGGAUUUGAGUGAAUUGGAUGUGGGGUCUCCCUACCUUUGUUGUCUUGCAAUGGUGAUUCGUGCGAGUAUCUAUUUGCCGCUUGCUUUGAAGCCUUUCGCUUUGAAACCUUUCUUCGUCCGAGGGGCUGAUGAAGGCAGCUAGCGCGCGGCCUCACGAAGAGUACUGAACGUCGGACGCGGGGGUGUGGUGCAUGGCAGGAAUGAACAAGUGUGAUUGUGAAUGAAUAAUUGUGGGUGUGAGUGUGAUGGAGCCGGAACCUCUUUGCCGCAGGUAGGUGGAUGGUCGGAAUGAAUGCAUGUUGUAUUGUGCGCCACAUCAAGAGACGCACCCGCAAUUGUGUGGGCCCGUUUGGUGGUACAAGAUGGUUUGGGGAGU